CUGGACUAGUCACAUGACUGGCACUGAUAAACAAGACAGAAAGAGAAAGCCAUUGGCCAGCCAUUGAGCAGCUUCCAGGAUCUAAUUUGCUGGCCGCUAAUUUACAGACUCCUGAACCUGUGGAAAAGAUCCUCUUGCAACAUUGCCCUGUUUUAAUCAGUGACCUCAAAGGAAAUGGCUCAGCACUGCAGCAGCUAAGCAAGUGAGCGCCUGGUCUCUGAGCUUGAGCCCCAGUUGCAGCUUCCAUUUCUACCAUGAACAUGGAACCCAGAAGGCUGAGGAUCUUUUUCCUCUUCUGUGCCUUGGUCCUCCCUGUCCAGCUCUGUGAAAUCCCAAGGAUGAAUUCUGAUCUCAUCGGGUGCCUGAACAGGAGACUCAUGAGCGUAACUGAAGACCUAUCCAAAGAGCUGAACCCCAGUGUGUACAUGGCCCUUCGCCUGUCCAGUGACCACAACUUGAAGAAGGAGGCCCAGUAUUUCCAUAGGCUGAAGAAUGCCUUCCAAGCCAAGGAGAAAAGCUUCUUGCCAGCUGGCCAGCAGGUGCAGCCCAAGACUGGUCACUUGGCUCUGUACCUUCUAGCACUGAGAGCUGCCUGCCAGGACAUGAAGACACGUGAGAUGAAGCGGCUUGUGACACGGCUGAAGCAUGACCUGCAUAAGGAGAAGGAGCAGAUAGGUCCAGAAGAGAAAGGUCACCCCAUCACCAAUUACUACCAGUACAGCUUGGGUGUUCUGGCUUUGUGUGUUCAUGGCAAGAAGAUUGACACACAUGUGAUCCAGAAGCUCAUAAAUGCUGAGAUGCACAACAAGUUCACACAUGGCACUAAACUCUCUGUGGACACAGAGGCCAUGGCUGGUUUGGCUUUUCACUGCCUGAAGCAAUCCAGGCUGUACACACGCAGCAUAGUGUCAGCAUUGCUGCAGGCUGUCCAGAGUGUGAAGAAGAAGAUCCUUCAGGCUCAGACUCCUGAAGGCACCUUUGGCAAUAUCUUCAGCAGCCCACUGGCCAUGCAGGUCUUGGUUGCUACUGGGAUGAGCAAUAAGAAGUCUGAGUGUUCUAGAGGCAUGAAUGCCCUCCUUGGGACCCUGGAACAUAACCAUGAUAACCUUAUGAUGAUGUCUCAACUUCUGCCUGUUCUGCAUGGCAAAAGCUACCUGGACAUUGCCACCAUGGGGUGCCAGGCAGAGAGAGACACUUUGCAGCAGCACGUUAAAUGCCCUGAAUCCAGUGUGACUGCCCUGGAGCAUAGCAUAUUCACUAUCCAGCUAUCUGUGCAGCACCCUUCAAGCCAUGAAGAACUGUACAACCAUUCCAUCCAGGUGCCUUCUGGAUCUUCCCUCCUGGAUGUGCUGGGAAAGGCUCAGAACCAGGGCUCCAAGCUGUUCACGUUUGAAACCAGGAGCACCCUGCAAGGCCCAAUGUUAACCACAGUGAUGGGGAUAGAAGCCAAGGAUGCAGAGAGGAGCUAUUGGCAGCUUCUCAAGGCCCCAGACACCAGUCUGGAAAAAGGUGUCUCUGAUUACAGGCCUCAGGACGGAGAGUCCAUCAUCCUCAAGCUCAGCCAUCAGUAGAAGGCCAGCCACCUGCCUUUCAGCUGGCUUCUGCCCUUGCUGAGUCACAGUGUAGUCCCUGUACAUGUCUCUCUGGACCCUAGAAGCAUGGGUUCUCAGCUGGUAAGGGCAGUAUGUCAGCAAGUGAUCCCUGGGACCGAUCAAAGUGCAUAACAUGGGAUAGAGAAAGAGGGGGGCAGGUCAUAAGGGCAAGGUCCCUCACACUGAGGAGCUGUUCUCUUGUGGAUCAGACGUGUUUAAUUCCAUGGAGACUGAUCACACAAGUGCAGGGUGAACACCAGGUUUAGUGUGAAUGAAAAGCCUUUAUUAUGACUACAAGGCCAAAGACCUCACUAAUCAUAGUAUUCUAAUGUAGCUUUAACACUGAAUGCUGGAGCCAUCUAGAGUGCUUCCAAGAUCAGCCUGUGUGUCUGCAACCCCCCGGCUGACAUCUUCUCUCUCUCCCCUGUCUUUGCUCCACACACUUUCCCAAAGCCCUGAUGGGAGCAGAGUUCUGGAGUUUCUUUGGGAACUGCAUAGCUCAGUGUUUCAGUUGCUGUGAGCCAAGCCUCUGCUCCCCCUACCACCCUACUUCUGGAAGUGGCAAUCACUGCUGUAAAUCAGUUAUUUGCUUGAUUUAUCUGGGAUCCCUGCUAGUCAGAGAGCAGUGUAUGGGAAGCCAGACCCUGUAUUGAGGGAGACAGCCCUUUCCUGCUUCUGACAUUUGUAUCUGAGAUAAUUAAAACUUGAUUGGAUAUCUUG